AUAGACUCUUGAGAUUGUAAGCUUACGAAUUUAUAGGUGAGAAACAUUUUCUUAAUGAUGCACCAUCAGUUUAUCCAACUUUUGCUUAAUGGUUCUUUAAUAUUCCGUUUCGCCUGCGUAGCUUUCAUCAAUCAAAACCUUUUUCCGCACAUCGCUUACGACCUUGAAUCGUCAUCAUUCGAUGACGUCGCAUAAACAAAUACGUGUUCAGAAAUAAUGCGUUCGUAAAAUAAAGAUAAGAAAGUCAUUUUUAGGUCGCUGGUUCCGUAUGCAGUGACUUGAAAGUUGUAUUACGAUGCAAAGUACUAUUAUUUUUCUGAUAUUUUCUGUGAUCUGCAAUGCAGUCGACUCAUGCAGGGACAUCUUAACUGACAACCAUUGUCAGAAUUUUAAAGAAAGGAUUUGCUCGUCUCCGCAAUCUUCAAGAUUUUGCAUGGAAACAUGCUGUUUAUGUCGCGAUUGGUCAAGUGAAUGUAGAAACGUUGCCACUCUACAGACAUGUACCGAUCAACCAACAGUGAAACAGUUUUGUAAAAUGAGUUGUUGUCGAAUCAGAGAGUGGUCAACUUGGACGAGUUGGUCUGAAUGUUCUACCACGUGUAAUGGUGGAAGGAGGUAUAGAAACCGUAUUUGUGGAAGUGGUGUGGCUUGUUCUGGGGUUUCCAGUCAAACAGAAACUUGCAACACAAACCAUUGCCCAAUUUGGUCAACGUGGGAAACUUGGUCAUCUUGUUCCGUGAGCUGCUCUGUUGGUGUCAUUACUAGGUUACGCAAGUGCGUCAUCAAUGGGAAUAUCGUCAACAACUCCAGAUGUGCUGUUUCACCAAAGGAGGAAAAACCCUGUAUACUGCCACCUUGCAAGCGUUCUGCACAGACGCUGAUAAGAAAUGGAGGCGUAGCUUGUACAGGGCGAAAUUGCAAUAAUGGCACUAUCGAGUCAUGUAUGGCUGGUUUUAAGUGGUCUAAUACGCGUUUAACAUGUGUGGAUAUCGACGAAUGUUCUAUUUGGAAUGGUGGUUGUGCAGACGGAUGUAUAAACUCAAACGGAUCGUAUAGUUGUGUCCAUAGAUCAUCGUUGCAAGAUGUAAACUGCGCUGCUAAUUAUAAGCGUCGCUAUGGUUCCAAUAGCAACGAAUGUUGCAGGAAAACAAACAAUGCAACUUGCGGGAUAAACAUUGAAUAUGACGUUGAUAGGAUAGUUGGUGGAGAGGAUGCAAAAAUUGGUCGAUGGCCCUGGAUGGCUCGGCUGUUGAUCGGUAGUAGAAACUUAUGUGGUGGAACUCUUAUACAUCAACGGUGGAUUCUCACUGCAGCACAUUGUUUCCUUAAACAUGACAUCAGUCGACAUGGUUUGGUGAUCGUUACACUAGGAAUGCUUCGUCAGCAUGCCACGUUUGAACGUAGCCGGCAGUACAGAAUCGACAAACGGAUUGUUAUACAUCCAGAAUUUGUUUUCCCGCAUUAUGACGUCGCGUUAAUCGAAGUGGAUCGCGCUUUUGAUGUCACUGGCGUUUUUGUUAGGCCGGUGUGUCUACCGAGCGGUGAAUACCCGGAAACAGGAAAGCGUUGUUAUACCACAGGCUUCGGAACAUUGGAAUAUAAAGGAGAUGUGUCACCGUCUCUACAACAAGUUGACCUUCCCAUCAUACCUCACAGCACUUGUUCACAGUUGUAUCGUAAAGUUGGUUGGAACCUUAGAGAUUAUCAGUUAUGUGCAGGCAACCUCACUCAUGGUGGUGUAGACUCUUGCCAGGGUGACAGUGGUGGUCCUUUGGUUUGCCAACGUUGUUCAAACUGCAACUGGUAUCUAGCCGGUGUGACUUCAUUUGGGCGAGGUUGUGCUCUUCCAGAAUUUCCUGGUGUUUACAUGAGUGUAAAACAUAUUGAAAGAUGGAUUGAAACUAUUACACAAAUGUAUGCCAGCAGCAACAAGACAUGUCAGCCAAUUUUAGAGUGGAGUGUUUGGAGUACUUGGUCCGUCUGCUCCCAAUCAUGCGGCACGGGUGGAAGAACACGUGAGCGUUUGUGCCUGAGAAAUGGUGUUCAAGUUUCUCCUUCGAUGUGUGAUAGUCUUGUGACCUCACACUCGAGGGAAACUGAAGAAUGUCUUAUAUUUGAAUGUCCAACCUGGAGUGAAUGGGAAGGCUGGAGCGAUUGUUCUGUGUCAUGUGGAAGUAAUGGUAUCAGGUUACGCAAAAGAAAAUGUCGAUUUGGUAUGUUUGGCUUGUGUCAUGGUGGUUCAAAAGCAGGAUUGGAAAGUGACACCUGUAAUGUGGUUACCUGUCCUACUUGGUCAAACUGGGGCAUGUGGAGCUCAUGUAGUGUCACCUGUGGGGAUGGAGGACAAAAAUAUAGAGAAAGAAAGUGUUUGGGUGGCCAAGUCACUGAAAAGGGAUGUGAUUUGCUUCCAAAUGUAACAAGUCCUGCUUUAAACCACACAUUUAAAGGAACACCAAUCUUGAUGUCAAAUAUGACGGCACAGACAGUUUCUUGUCAAGAACUUGCAUGUCCAACAUGGAGUUCUUGGAGUUUGUGGUCACCAUGCACUCAAACUUGUGGAGGUGGAUAUAAAUCCCGCUACAGAGAAUGUGUUAAGACAAUUUUAUUGGAUACUAAUACAUCAGCAAACUCCAUUGGAGUAAGCAACCAAAUUAAAAAUGAAAGUAUAAUUGUUUUGCACAGUCAAUGCCACGGAGAGGCAUCUGGUACAAGUUUAUGCGAAGAACAAAGAUGCCCUGUAUGGUCAGGCUGGAGUUCUUGGAGUGAUUGUCCUGUAACAUGCGGUGGUGGGACAUCACAUAGAUCACGUGAAUGUUUACAUGAUGAAGGAAAUUAUGGUUGUCCAGGAAACUACACUUCCGCAAAAAUGUGCAAUAAACAUAUUUGCCCACUCAAAGUUGAUGAAUGUUCUCCUAUCUCUGCACCAAACAAUGGACAAAUUGUUUGUGAUGAUGGUUUCUAUGUUGGUUCAACUUGUAUUAUGGAAUGCGAUUCUGGUUAUGUCAUAACAGGUAAUGUGGUUGUAUCAUGUCAAGCAAACACCACAUGGAACACAAAAGUGGAGACAGACUGCAGAAAGUUAAGAAUACAUCUCAGUACAUCAGAAUUAUCUGAAAAUUCAACUGUUUCCUUUCCAAUAAAAUCAUUUUCAUCUGGUUAUGCUGGAGUGUGGAUGACAGACAAAGGGAACCAUGUGUUUUAUUUAAAUGAUUCUUCAGGACCACAAACUGCAAACAGAAGAUUAGGUUCAUGGAUGAAAGUUGAUAUGAAAGGUGUCAAAGUAAAGUGCAAUAAUGACACGAACAUAAAAAACAAAACCAUGAUAAUUCAAGUUAAUUUUGCUCACGUAAUGCUGGAGAAAUGUGGUAACAUUUAUAACAGAAGGGGAAUUACCUAUAUGAGAAACACUGGAUUGUAUUGGAAACGCUUCAAUAAAAUUGCCUUGUUACAGGAUGCUAGAAUUUCAAAUGUUGAGAAAAAAUGGGACAUAUUUAACAAGCUGAAUUUGACAUCCACUCAACAUAACUCAACUCAAAUUACUGACUUCUGCAUUGUGGAAGGACGACUGUUUGUUGUCAAUGAAAUUGGAAUUGUGUCAGAAAGAUUAGGAAUCUCUGAUGCUUUUCCUGAUGGAACAGGUUGGACAGAACUAAACAAUGCAGAAAUCGAUGCGAAGCCACAACAAAUUUGGAUAUCUUGUUUUAGUUGCCAUUGGAGACAGAAAACAUUAGUGUGGACAAUUGGAUAUGGUGGGACACUAACGCGGUUAAUUAUUGAGUGAUUUAAAAUGCAUAGUACGGUGGAGUAGGAUGGGACACAUAAGCACAUAUGGCUCCUUAUUUAAAAAACAUGACAAUUUUUGUGAUUCCUUGAUUUUGUACAUGUGUGAUUUUGUAUCAUCAUACAUGCAUGCGAUUUUGUACUACCAUACAUGCUAAUAUUUCAAGGUAUGCGGCAUACCGAG